AUGGCGGUGCUAUCCAGGAUUGCCAGCUGCGGCGCUCGCCGCCUGCAGCUUGCGAUGCCCUCAGUCCGCUCUUCCGCCCGCACCUUCUCGUCCACCGCCUUCCGCCGCGCCAACGAGGGUCCCGGCGUCGACCGCACCACAUUGAUGCCCGUCGACAGCACCUUUUCCCACCCUGCCGACCCCUAUGGCAUGCAGCGACUUCAGAACCAGGAUGGAACCGUCGAGGCCUCGAGGGAGGGCAGCAUCGAGGGCGUCGCCGCCCGCAAGGUCCGCCACUACACGGUCAACUUUGGUCCCCAGCAUCCCGCCGCCCACGGCGUGUUGCGCUUGAUUCUCGAGCUGAGCGGAGAGGAGAUUGUGCGAGCCGACCCCCACGUCGGCCUGCUGCACCGUGGUACCGAGAAGCUCAUCGAGUACAAGACCUACGUUCAAGCUCUGCCCUACUUCGACCGUCUGGACUAUGUCUCGAUGAUGACCAACGAGCAGUGCUUCUCGCUGGCCGUGGAGAAGCUGCUCAAUGUUGAGAUUCCCGAGCGCGCCAAAUACAUCCGAACCAUGUUCGGCGAGAUCACCAGAAUUCUGAACCACCUCAUGUCCGUUUUGUCCCACGCCAUGGACGUUGGUGCUUUGACACCCUUCUUGUGGGGUUUCGAGGAGCGUGAGAAGCUUAUGGAAUUCUAUGAGCGUGUUUCCGGUGCCCGUCUGCACGCCGCAUAUGUCCGCCCCGGUGGUGUUCACCAAGAUAUUCCCGUUGGUCUGCUUGACGAUAUUUACCAAUGGGCUACCCAAUUUGGCGACCGUAUCGACGAAACCGAGGAGAUGUUGACAGAUAACCGUAUCUGGAUCAACAGAUUGCAGGGUGUCGGUGUCGUAUCUGCUGCCGAUGCCCUCAACCUUUCCUUCACUGGUGUUAUGCUUAGAGGAUCUGGUGUCCCUUGGGACAUCCGAAAAAGCCAGCCGUACGACGCAUACGACAAGGUCGAAUUCGAUGUACCAGUCGGUAUCAACGGAGAUUGCUACGAUAGAUACCUUUGCCGUAUGGAGGAGUUCCGUCAGUCCCUCCGUAUCAUCCACCAAUGUUUGAACGAUAUGCCUGCCGGCCCCGUGAGAGUGGAGGAUUACAAGGUUACGCCCCCUCCACGUGCAGCCAUGAAGGAGAACAUGGAGGCUCUGAUUCACCACUUUUUGCUCUACACCAAGGGUUACGCUGUGCCCCCUGGUGAGACCUACUCCGUGAUUGAGGCACCCAAGGGAGAGAUGGGUGUGUAUCUUGUCAGUGACGGAAGCGAGAGGCCAUACCGUUGCCACAUCCGUGCUCCGGGUUUCGCACACUUGGGUGGCUUUGACCACAUCUCGCGAGGACACUUGUUGGCAGACGCUGUGGCAGUGAUUGGAACGAUGGAUCUGGUGUUCGGUGAGGUUGACAGGUAA